GAAAAGUACACAAGACAGAACCAAGAAAGGCAGUCAGAGUUUCUGGCUGCUAGAGGUGACUCCGCCGACUGGUCAGGGCAUCCUCGAUCGGCGGCCUCAACGAAAGAGGACGAAUUGUCCUCCGACACGGUGUGCCUUGUGAUGGGUGCCAUACCGCUUGCCGCUCCAUGCCGCACCGAGUCUUGUAGCACCGCCAAGGAAGCAAACGCAUCCGCUGCAUCAGCCCGUGAAUCCACCCAACUUGGUGCAAAGAACGCGACGACUUCCGCGAGUCGCGCGGCGAGGACAACGAGCUCCGUCCAGGUCUCGCACUCGACCAUGGAGACAAAGCGGAUGGAUUUGAACACUGCGACUCGAGAAGACCUGAUGACCAUCCCUGGAAUUGGUCGAGCCAUCAGCCGCAACAUCGUGGAGGUGCGCCGAGAACGCCUCCUCCUGAAUGUACAGCAAGCACGUGAUCCUGUCAAAGGCGAGGAAGGAAUCGAUCGAGCGUUUGAAUCUGUCGACGACCUCAAGUUUGUCAAAGGAAUCGGUCCGACAAAGCUCGAGAAACUUCGGCCAUUCCUGACCGUGACGCCUUCACAAACCCUUUGCAUUCGGUCCCAAGUCCAGCAGCAUGCGGGAAUUCUGUGCCUGGCCACGUGGAACGUUCGGAAUCUCUCGAUGAAGACCAGUCGAGGCCCGCCGCUGCCCAUGAACGAAACCAAAUCGUCCUGCCAGUGCAACCCAAGCAAGUCAGUUGCGACAGCACCAGCCUCAACCAGUACGCAAGACAUGUCGGCAUCCGCACCCGCGAAAGCAAAACGCGACCUGUCCGUCGUGGCGGGCAUCAUUCAGAAGUACGAUGUCGUUGCAAUUCAGGAAAUCCGAGAUGAGAAAGUGGCCGGCGAGAUUUGCCGACUGCUCGACGGGUACGAUUACAUCCUGAGUUCGCCCGUCGGCGACAUGCUCCAGUCGCACCGCGAGUACUUCUGCUACUUUUACCUCAAGACGCUUGGCUUGACGCCGCAGGUACUGGCGGUGCCGUCGACCGACAACAAGACGAUGGUGCGCGGCCCCUUCAUGGUCAAGUUCGAAACACCGUCCAUGGCGUCCUUUGUCCUCGUCAACGUCCACGUUGUAUACGGCAGAGUUGAAGAGGGGGCGUCUGCUGAGUUUAAAGAGAAAUCUCGGCGCCACGACGACAUUGGGGUCCUCAACUCGAUCCUGACCUCACUUGCCGCCAUCUACCAAGGUCCUGUCAUGGUGCUAGGUGACUUCAAUCUGCCCCCGUUCUUCAUCGACGAGAUCGGGCCGAGGUUCCUCAAUUUUCGACCCGUGCUGGGGAGUAACCACGUCACGACAAUUGGCAACAACUUGUUUGACAAUAUCUGGCUGCCACAAUGCGUCGUCUACGCUGAUCCUGGCGUUCGCCGCAUCGACCACGAGCAUUUCCCCAACUCGACAUCCAAAGACCAAGAGCAAUCGUUGCUGGCUCGACAGCAAUGCAGAGACAACCUGUCAGAUCAUUUUCCAGUGCACGUCCGAGUCCAUCUAGAGGGGCUGUCGAGGGAAAAUCCACACAACGACCGAGAGGAUAUUCGUGAGCGUUGUGGCGCUUGAUCAAAAGUCGGAAAGUUUCUCUGGUGCAUGCCUCUGUGCGGUGGUGAACGAUCUCGCCCUUUGCCACGAAGGUGUUUGAAUCCAUCGAGAGGAUGCCGAAGCAUGUUCAAAGGCGGUGGCAGCAUUUGGAGAUCGGUAGUGUCGUGUAAACUCGUCCAAGCGCUGUCGAGUCGAACGAGCCCU